CGGAGUGACCGACGGAGCCCCGAGCUCCGGCCGCUCCCACACCGCGCUCUCCUCCAUGGGGCUCAGCUGGUAAUUUCUGCUGCGUCAACACCCAGCUCAAGGGAGAGGAGAAGAGACAAGGGGGCAUUUUAACAGCAGCUCCACUUGCAAGAGCCAAGCCUCAAUCCCGGCUCCAGCAUUCAAACCCUUUCCCCCCCCCCAACCCCAUUAAAAACCAGCAUCCGUGCAAGUUGGACCAAGAGUUUGUCAGGAGUGUGGUUCCAAACUGCUUGGGAGAAAAGGGAUGAGGACAUCUGAUGAGCCCUUUGGAGGUUGUCAGCAGAGCCCAUUCUCCUCUCUUCAUUAAAACAUGCACUUGCCAGCUGUGAAACAUCACGACAUUUAUUGUUGCUAACAGGAAACAUUUUCAACUGUUGUUCUCCCCUUCUCCUACAAGAGGUCCCAGCAGUGCUAUCGGAAGGUCAAGGACUGCUGCACUACCUGUGCUGCCCUAGGGCUGUUGAUGUCCUCAGCUGUUGUAGGAGAAACACCAGACCUGGAACCCAGUUUGUUACUGGACCUGUGGAAGAGGAAACACAAAGAUCUCCAGAUGAAUAACCGCAAGGAAGAUAUGGAGAUCACGUCCCACUACCGGCACCUGCUGCGGGAGCUGAAUGAGCAGAGGCAGCAUGGCAUCCUCUGCGAUGUCUGCAUCAUAGUGGAGGGCAAGAUAUUCAAGGCUCACAAAAACGUUCUGCUUGGGAGUAGUCGUUACUUCAAAACGCUCUACUGCCAGGUCCAGAAGACCUCUGACCAGGCCACUGUCACCCACCUGGACAUCGUGACUGCACAAGGCUUUAAAGCCAUCAUUGACUUCAUGUACUCGGCACACCUCGCGCUGACCAGCCGCAAUGUCAUUGAGGUGAUGUCAGCUGCGAGUUACCUGCAGAUGACAGACAUUGUCCAGGCCUGUCACAACUUCAUCAAAGCAGCUCUUGACAUAAGCAUCAAGUCUGAUGCUUCGGAUGAUCUCGUUGAUUAUGAGCUUGGAGCCCCCUCCAGCAGCAGUACGGAUGCUCUGAUCUCAGCAGUGGUGGCUGGCAGGAGCAUAUCUCCCUGGUUAGCGCGGCGCACGAGCCCUGCAAACUCCUCUGGAGACUCAGCCAUUGCCAGCUGCCAUGAAGGAGGGAGCAGCUAUGGCAAAGAGGAUCAAGAACCAAAACCAGACAGCCACGAAGACAUUUCAUCCCAGUCUCUUUGGUCUAGUGACAUGGGCUAUGGCUCUUUACGGAUCAAGGAGGAACAGGUUUCACCGUCGCAUUACGGAGGGAGUGAACUGCAUUCUGGCAAGGAUAGUGCAAUACAGACUGUGUUCUCAGAGCAAGGAGUAGGGGAUGGCUGGCAGCCCACAGGGCGCAGGAAGAACAGGAAAAACAAAGACACUGUGAGGCAUAUCACACAGCAAGUGGAGGAGGACAGCAGGGCAAGCUCUCCAAUGCCAUCAUUCUUACCUGCUUCAGGAUGGCCCUACAGCAGUCGAGACCCCAGUGCUGAGGUGCCAGAGCCCAGCAGCUCAGAGAGCAGAGCAGAGCGCUCGGAGCCCUACAGCAGCAUGGAGGACACCCUCCUCCCCAGCGAGAGCACCUACAUCCCACAGCCACUGACCCCGGACAAGGAGGAUGUGCUGCAGGCUGCCACCGUGGCCAACCUGCGGGCGGCUCUCAUGAGCAAGAACAGCCUCCUGUCCCUCAAAGCCGACAUGCUGGGCGAGGACAGCUCCCUGCUCUUCGAGUACCUGCCCAAAGGCACCCACUCGCUCUCUCGGCCUGGCACCAACUUGAAUCGUCCAAGGGGCGAAAGUGAUGGCAAAGUGGAAGCCCCAUCUCCCCCGCUGCCUUCAUCACACCUUGCCACUCAGAGCCCCCCCGAGGCCUGCUCCUCUGGUGGCAUGUCACCAGAGACCGGGGCAAAAGGAGAGGUGCCUUCCUCCACACAGGCCGCUUAUGAUGGACUUUUAGCCCUUUGGCAGUUUGAUAACUCUGAUUCAGAUACGAGUUUCUCCAGAUCCGAAGACAUGGAUGGAACCACUGAUGGCCUCUCCCAGGAUCCCAGCCUGGCCAAGAGGCUGACCUGUGGUUUCUGCAGGAGGGUUUUCCAGCAUGCUGAAGAGCUGAAGGAGCACAUCCAUGAGCAUGCCUUCUCCAUGCUUUUCCCAUUGGACUUGGUUGACUGCCCCCGGCCGGGCCUCACUGACAGAGUGCUUCCCAAUCCGCUCUCCCGCUUCCAGUGCUCCCAGUGCCCUGCCACCUUCACUCUGAAAUCCAACAUGGAUCGGCACGAGAAGACCAUCCACUUCCACUUCAACGAGUUCACGGUCAUCAGGAAGAAGUUCAAGUGCCCCUACUGCAGCUUUUCAGCCAUGCACCAGUGCAUCCUGAAGAGACACAUGCGAUCCCACACGGGAGAGAGGCCCUAUCCCUGUGAGAUCUGUGGGAAGAAGUUCACGCGCCGGGAGCACAUGAAGCGACACACGUUGGUCCACAGCAAAGACAAGAAGUACGUGUGCAAAGUGUGCAACCGGGUGUUCAUGUCAGCAGCCAGCGUGGGGAUAAAGCAUGGCUCCCGGCGCCACGGUGUGUGUGCCGACUGCUCUGGCCGAGGCAUAGCCGCUCACCUGGACCACAACGGGGGAGAAGGCUCUCCAGAUGAGUGCUACCCAGGGGAAGGGCAGUACAUGGAAGACCCGGAUGACAUCAAAGUGGAAGGAGACGAGGAGAUGGGAGACGACGAUGACAUCAAGUGGAAGGAUGACGUGGGAAUGUCACAGGAUGAUGUGAUCUUAGAUGACGACAAAGACGUCGACUCUCCGCAGGAGCAGGACAACUCUGGGGAGAACGACAAGGAUUUUACCUGGAUUUCUUAGGGAUUCCUUUGUUUGUUGGGUUUUUUGUUCCGCUCUCUUGUUUGUAGGGGGAGGGAGGGUGGGAAGGAAGGAGAAAAGAAACUUACGUAGCCUUGUUGUCGUCCAUGUGUGCAAAAUAACUCUUGUGUUUUCUAAACCAGUCCUUGUCCCGCUCGGAUGCUCUUAGCAGGGUCAUUCCCAGUGGCACCACUGGCUUCACCUUCCCCCUUCUCCCUCCAGCACCAGCCCCGGCUGCAGCCAUCGGGGUGAUGAGGUGAGGGUGUGAGCACUGCAUGGUGGAGCCUGGGUGAAGCACGAGUCCUCCCUCCCUUGCCACCCUGCGUGGGGAGAGCUGUGUCCAAAGCAGGUUGUUCUCAUGGUGGUUGGGUCUUUGUUCCUUUCCUUUGUUCUGUUUAACACCUUGUCUGUUGCUGAGAUCCCAGCAGCGGUGGGAUUACAGCUGGUGUUGUGGAAGCAGGUUGAUGGAUGUGUUGGAGGGCUGCCCUUGGUGAUACAGGCCUUUGGCAAAGCUACUGGAAUUGAGUUCUAAUUGUUGUUUAUGGAGCCAAAUAGAUCAAAAGGCAAGUCAGAGCCUUAUGGAUUCUUCUCUUGGACUCUCAGCUUCCAAAAGAAUCACCAUCAAACAGAGGAAGAUGAUGACAUUUCUUGGGCCUGCAGGUGUCAUACUCACAUCCUGUCUUCCAGCCUUGGUUAUCCACGGGCGCUGCGAUGCGUAUUGGUGCUUCCAGAAGCACCAUCUGCUGUAGAGGACACAGGUAAUUCUCUACCUGUUGUUCUUCCCCUUUGCUCAGCUGCCUUUUCACAGAUAUAUGCAAACCAUAGCAAAAACAUUGGCAAAGUGCAGGAGGAGCUGGGAAAGGCUGAGGGGAGGAGAUCCUAGGUGGGUGGAAAUCCUGCUCCUCACAUCCUGUAGGUGUUCAUGGGGGCAGGAUUCCACCUGGGUCCAUUGCUCUUCCUCCCACAGUUACAUGCAUCACGAGUAGGCAGGACUCCUGUUGAAUCCAUGCCAACCCCUUCAGCUUUAGCUGCACUGGGUCUGUGUAUAGUUUCAAAUAAACCUAAUUUACUGUAACUAAGAGCCAGGUUUCUCUCCCAGCAUCUCCAGAGAGACUGGGACUGCUCCAGGUGGUUGCAUUCUCCUUGUUCCUACCGGCCUCUUGCCUUCUCCCACUUACACCUGAAUGACAGCAGCAAAGCACCAUUGGAAGCAUCUCGCUCCUGAGCUGGUUUUUACCCUUCCCCUCUUUGCUUCUGGUGCUCUUUGACAUGACAAAGCUGACGACCUCACCCUUCCCUUGCCACAGAGCAGUUCUAUGCCCUGCCUGUGACUGUGGCUCUGCCACAGGAGACAACCUGUUACCAGAAAGCCAAAUGACUCACGGUGCUAUUUUCCCCCUGUGGUGGGAUAGGUGAGCCCAGUGGGAUGGAGGAUGUUCCUGCAGGUCUGGUGGCCCUUAGUGGAAAGCCUGGUUCCAUCCGGUGAUGGAAGUACCCAGUGUCUUGUACAGUAAACCCCAGUAAAGCAAAUGGUCUUGAAGGACUGGAGCCACUCAGUGCCAGGGUUUGAUGGAGUGUGGUGGGAGCCUCAAUCCUGGCACCUGCAGUAGCUUCAUUGACUCCCUGAUUUCAGUCACAUCCUGGGUUUGUGGCUUUAUUCCUCUCUCUGCUCCUCAGUUCCUUGCAGAAUUCCCUUUACUGGGAGUCUCCAGCAGCUCCUGAUCUGUUGCUUUGGGUGCACACUGGGGUUUGGAGACACAGGUCUUCCCUAAAGUCCUCUGUUGGGCUCCAUGAGGCCACGUGAGCACCAUGGGCUGCUGCUCCUUAGGAUUGAAGCAGUUAAGUGGGACUUGUUGCUUUGGGGCAGGGAGAAGGGGUCACCCUCCUCUUUAAGCACUCACAGAGCGGAAGGGUCACACUGAAGCAUCUUAAACCCCUCAUUUUCCAUGUUAGCUUCUUGUAAAUCCCUCCUCCCAUAGCUAAAGGGACAUAAACACCCCAGAACAGGACAACUGGACCCCUGGAUGCUGCUUUUCCAGUGGUUGGGGGGUCCUGGAGCAAGGUUGUUGGUUCCUUAC